AUGCCGUGGUGUGGAGAGGAAAGGCGUACGGUUUUGAGCUUUUCGGUAGCCUCGUGUUACGAUUACUUUAGACGGGUUCGGACACCUCAUGGUCCUUUUGACAAAAAUCAUGUGGCGUUUGGAUUCCUUUGGAAAUCGGAGGUUCCUUAUAAAGUGAAGGCGUUUGGUUGGAGACUUUUUCGAAAUAGACUCCCUACUUUAGAUCUCUUGUUGAGAAGACGUUUGGCUAUUCCCGCGGAUAGCUUAAAUUGUAUUCUUUGUGACAAUGGUGAGGAGAAUUCGAGGCACUUCUUUUUUUCUUGCGAGGUGGUUAAGAAGGUGUGGUUGGAGCUGUUUUGGGUGGGAAAAAAGGAGUCGAAUGAGGAAGAUUGUAAAGGUAAUUUCUUGGAUUGGCAUAAUUUUUUCCGAUCGAAGAAAGUGAAAAAAGGGAAGGAGGGGAUGAUUUGGCUUGCUUGUUGUUGGACUCUUUGGAUCCUUAGGAACAGUGUUCGUUUUCGGAAGGAUAAAUGGAGUGUUAACGAUAUUGUUUGGAAUAUUAAGUUUUUGGCUUGGAAGUGGAUGUUUUGCGGUAAAAUUACUCAUCCCAAUUUCUCAUAA